AUGCCCACUUCUCCUGCCACCAGCUCUACAGUCCCACUACCACUCUCUUCAUCUUCUCUAGCACUGGCGCCACCAGCUAUGCCAGCCAACGUGCUACCACAUAUCACACCACGCGAAGUGAACGAUGCAGACAGCGAUGCAGAACACGAUGCAGAACGCUCCGUCACACUCCGUCACAUCGGCUCUCUGAACACCAUUGCACAGGGCCUAAUGCAAGAUGCCCAAGUGGAGGAGGACCUUACAGAGGAAGACCAUGUACCAAUCACUCUGGCAUUCUAUGGCGAGCCAUACAAGCUGCCUCUCGCACAACUCUUCAAUUAUCAGGACCGUUUCUGGAUGACAAUGGUGGAAAAGUGGGGUAUUCGGAGCUUAGACGAGGAACUUGAGGCUUAUAGCAUUGUUGACAUGGAUGCAGAUGGAGAUUAUGACCCAGACUCGUAUCCUUUAUAG